AUGGGCAAACCGAGCAAAGGAUCGGAUACAGGUUCGAAAUCUAAUAAGAAAUUCGAGAAGAAGCUCCAAUUCUACACAAAGGUUAAAGAUACACUUGCUUCUUUGUCCGUCCAAAAGGAGAUUGGAAAGAAGAAGAAAAUCCACAGCCGUCAAAAGAAACUAAAGGCGUAUGAUCUCUCCACACUCUCAGAGUUUCUUCCAGAGUUUAAUGCCUCGCAGAAAUCAGCUCUUCCUGCACCAGACUUGAAGAUGAACUGCAAAAGGAGACAAGAGCUAGUAGUAACGGAAGGGGAAAGAUUGAACAAGGUUCUAGAGCAUCCAGCUUUCCAAGCCGACCCAAUGGGUUCGAUAUUUCAGCACUUGCAGAGUCAACAGCCUCCCGUGGAAGAAAAACCCAAGAAGAAGGCUAACACAAACGGAAGCAAGAAAAGGAAAGUGAAGAAGAAGGCCAAAGCAGAUUCCAUGGAUUUCUGA